GAUUUACAGAUCAGGAUGCAGCUGAUAAACCCUCACAUUGUGUGUUCUAUGUGUGCAGGGUACUACAUUGAUGCCACAACAAUCACGGAAUGCCUGCACACCUCUUGUAUGCCCGACAGGGCCCAGAAUUGGAUUUGUAAAAAUGAAUAUACAUGGCAGGACACAGAUUGAUUAAAUUUACAUGAUAAGAGUUUGCAAAAGUUGUAUUGUGAAGCAUCUCCAGAGUAGCAAAAAUUGUCCACAAUGUGGGGUCAAAGUUCAUGAGACUCAACCUCUUCUUCAUCUUCGACCAGAUCGUACAAUGCAAGAUAUUGUAUACAAGCUUGUACCUCACCUCUUUGAAAGUGAAGAAAAAAGAAAGGAAGAGUUUUACAACUCAAGGGGCUUCAAAACACAAAAGAAAGGUCAAGUUUUGGCUGGAGUUGUAGAAAAGACAUCAGAACCCAAAUUAUCUUGUGUCCUCAGUAGCCCUAAUGCUCACCAGUUCCAAUAUGAUGAAAAGAUCUGCCUCUGUUUGGAAAGAUACAGCUUACAUCCUCAGCAUUUUGUCAACCAUUCCUUCACACUGCCAUCCCUAGAGAAGAAAUUCCUCAGGUGUUCCGCGAGAGUAUGUGUAUCAGAUCUAAAACAGCAUCUAAAUGAGCGCCUGGACUUUCCCUCUCAGUUACAUUUAUUACUCAUUUGUGGAGCAGAGGAACUGACAGACGAAAUGUCUCUAAAACAAGUCUAUCUCAUGAACUGGAGUCCACGGGGAACCCCAAUGUUCAUUUUCUACAAAGUCAGUGGUGAAGUUGGUUAAUCAACAGUUAUUCUACAGUCAGCGUGCAGUCGAUUAAUCUACAGUUAUUCUACACAGUCAGCGUGCAGUUGAUUAAUCAGCAGUUAUUCUACAGUCAGCGUGCAGUCGAUUAAUCAGCAGUUAUUCUACACAGUCAGCGUGCAGUUGAUUAAUCUACAGUUUUUCUACACAGUCAGCGUGCAGUUGAUUAAUCUACAGUUAUUCUACACAGUCAAGCAUGCAAUCGAUUAAUCAGCAGUUAUUCUACAGUCAGCGUGCAGUCGAUUAAUCAGCAGUUAUUCUACACAGUCAGUGUGCAGUCGAUUAAUCAACAGUUAUUUUACACAGUCAGCGUGCAGUCGAUUAAUCAACAGUUAUUUUACACAGUCAGCGUGCAGUCGAUUAAUCAACAGUUAUUCUACACAGUCAGUGUGCAGUCGAUUAAUCAGCAUUUAUUCUACACAGUCAGCGUGCAGUCGAUUAAUCAACAGUUAUUCUACACAGUCAGCAUGCAGUCGAUUAAUCAACAGUUAUUCUACACAGUCAGCGUGCAGUCGAUUAAUCAACAGUUAUUCUACACAGUCAGCGUGCAGUCGAUUAAUCAACAGUUAUUCUACACAGUCAGCGUGCAGUCGAUUAAUCAACAGUUAUUCUACAGUCAGUGUGCAGUCGAUCAAUCGAACAGUUAUUCUACAGUCAGUGUGCAGUCGAUUAAUCAGCAGUUAUUCAACAAUGGUGCUAGAUUUUAUAUAAACUUGUUCAUUCAUCGAGUGUGUGUCUGUGAUCAUGAAUGGUUCAGUUAACUGGUAUAAAGUAAAACAUGUCAGUUUUAUUGUUGUUCAAACUGAACGUACAUUCCCAGUCUCCUGGACUUUGUUAUCUUGUACUUUUAAGUUUAUAAAUUUAAUCAUGUGGGGGUAAACAGGGUAAAAGGAAGGAGGGAGAAGAGGAAUGGAUGGUUGAUAGAAGGAGGAGGGAGAAGAGGAAUGGUUGGAUAGAAAUGGGAGAAAGGAAGAAGAGGGAUGGAUGGUUGGAGAGAAGGGAAAGGGAUAAGAGUGGGUGGAUGUUUUGAUAGACAGGGACGGGAGAAGAGGAGAUGGAUGAUUGUGAGGAGAGGGAGGAGGAGACAAGGGGAUGGAUGGAGAGAAGGUGUUGGAUGAAGAAAGAGAGGGUGAGAAGGAUGGGAGGGAGAGGUUGACCCCACCACCACCAUUUUCCGAAUUCUAUGAACAUUGUAUUUAUGUUUUGUAUGUCAUCUACACUAAUUAAAUUUUUCUCAAAAAUCUUGGAA